AUGGCUAAACAUGUUGCGAUUAUAGGUGCAGGAAUCUCCGGUUUAACAGCAAUUAAACAUUGUCUAAAUAAUGAUUUGAUUCCAAUUUGUUUUGAACAAAAUUCUUUUAUUGGUGGAAUAUGGAGAUAUAAAGAUGAUUGUGAAAGUAAUAAAGAAUCUUAUUCAAUUUAUAAAGGUGUUUUAACUAAUACAUCAAAAGAAAUGACGACGUUUUCUGAUUUUCCAAUUCCAGCUGACUGGCCGACUUAUAUGAAUCAUUCACUAAUAGAAAAAUACAUCGAUAUGUACGCUGAACAUUUUAAUCUUUUACCUCAUAUUAAAUUUAAUACUACCGUGUUAAAAGUAUCAAUUCUACCCGAUAACCGUUGGAAAGUUAAAUAUAUAAUCCAAAGUGAAAAUGUAGAAAAAGAAGAGGUUUUUGAUUUUGUAAUGGUUUGCUCUGGUCGCCAUCGCAAACCUAAAUUGCCCGAAUUUAAAGGAAUGGAUUUAUUUAAAGGUGAACAACUACAUUCUUAUAAGUAUAAACGAGCUAUAGAUUUUGAAGAUAAACGUGUUUUGGUUGUUGGUUGCGGUAAUAGUGCAAUGGAUAUCGCGGUUGAGCUAACAUAUUCUGCAUCACAAGUCUAUUUAAGCAUUCGUAGAGAAAAACUUCCGUGGAUAGUACCACGCUUCAUAAAUGGUAAAGCGCUUGAUCAUAAUUUAACUCGUAUCUCUGCAUGUAUUCCACUUUAUAUUAAAGGAAAAUUUCUAGAAAACCAUAUUAUUAAAUCUUUUCCAUUUCCCUCUCAUUUAAUGCCUACUGAUCCUUUACUUGCUACAUAUUUUGCUAUAAAUUCUGAAAUUUAUCAGUGUCUCGCAGCUGGUACAAUUAUUGUAAAACCGAACAUUAAAGGAUUUAAAUCUGAAAAUAAUCAAAUUGAAUUCGUUGAUGGGACUUUUUUAGAGAAUAUUGAUGUUGUUAUAUAUUCUACUGGUUAUAAAUUUGAUUAUCCAUUUUUAGAAAAACAUAUUUAUACUGGUG